AUGAGACGUGGCUCGGUAAAUACAUGGGAGUCUUUCGGUCGUCGGAAUUCGGAAAAUAUGGCGCAAUUUUCGAGUAAUCGCCACGAAUUUAUGACAAGUGAGCCAGGAAUGAGUGGCAUUGAAUACCAGCGUGAAGGAGGGUUCUUUUUAUCACACAGAAAACUUGCCAUUGUUAUAACAGCUAUUUUUCUUUUGCUUGUUGCUGUUGGAUUUAUUGGAGCUUAUGCUGGAGCAUUCCCACGUAAAAAGAUAGAAUUUGAUACAACCGCGCUUAUUGCUGAAGAUGAAGGCUCGGAACCGGCUGACGCUGAAAAGUAUUCCCUCUCAAAAUGGGUAUUUCCCUCAAGGUAUCUCAUAAAGUUGACGCCGAUUGUUGAAGAUAAUAAAGUUUCCCGAGUUCAGGGCCGAGUCAUUAUAGAGUUUAUCUACAAUGGAACCAAAGAACUUAAUAACAUUGUCUUGAAUGCCAAACACAUAAAUAUUUCACAGAUAAGGAUGUGGCCGCUUGACAAUAAAUUCAAUGAUGACAAUGUUAACAAUAAUAGCAACACUACAACAGAUUUACCUAUAAAUACAAAUGACACAACAUCUCAACCAGCAGAUUUUCCUAAAAGUAUUUUCAAAUUAUUUUAUUUAUAUAAUUAUUGCUUAAUACUUUUUUUUUGAUAAUUAUUUACAAAUGGGGCCAUAACUAGGUGAAAAAUUAACAUUUUCAAUUUUUUUUUAUUCUGCUUGUUUUUAUGGUGCAUUUAUGAUAAAAAAUGUCGUGAAAGAAAAAAAAUAAAGAUUUUAAUAGCUUUUUUGCCUUCAAAAGUUGGAAAAAAUUUUGGCUCUCAUGUUAUUGGAUAAAAUUUCUAUUUUAUCUUUUUUUGAUAUAUUUUUUUUUUUAAAAGUACAUAAAAAAAAAAAUAUAUCAAUAAAAUCAAAUAGAAAUUUCGUUCAAAAAAAUAAAAAUUAAAAUGGUUGACCUCACUUGUAAAUAUUUACCUUUUUUUUUACAAUAAAUUAUUUACAGGCGAAAAUUCGAGUAAAAUUUUUGAAUCUCUGGAAAGAAAUUCCCGUUCUGCUGAUAAUCAAUCGGAUAUACAAAGUAAUUUCUCCGAAAUAACAAACAGCUCAGAGCCAACUUUUAAAAUCAUUGAAAAUAAUGAUGAUGAUAAAUCAAAAAUAGCAAACGAUGAACUUAAUAUUGAAGAGAUAAAUAUAACUGAAAGCAAAGUUGAUGAAGCACACGGUAUUCUAACAAUUACUCCAGUUUCGGGGAUAAAACCCGGAAAUUACUCUCUGGAAAUAAUCUACGAAGUUCAAACUGACAAUCGAACAUUACUUGUCACUAAUUUUAGUGAUAGAGAUUCUGAUCGGUGGGUAAUGGCCAGCAGAUUAAAACCUACCAAUGCGCGUCGACUUGUUCCUAUUUUUGACGAUGUUAAAUUAAAAGCACGAUAUGUAAUCUCAAUUGCUCAUCCGAUUGGAAUGGUUGCACUUUCAAACACUCGGAAGAUGUACAAUGCAAGCCUACCAAAUAACUGGAUAGUUGACACAUUUGAAGAGACUCCACUCCUUUCACCCCACAGUCUCGCGGUAAUUCAAGGUCACUUGACAUCAGUCAGCAGCAGAACUAUCAAAAGCGGGUCGGGAAAGGGGGAGGAGAUUCAAAUAAAUUUCUGGAGCGAAAAAGGGGAAAAUUUGAUCCCGAGUUACUUGCAUAGUAUGAUUAAUCAAGUAAUUAUAAGUUUCCAACAAUUGUUUUCAGUUAAAUUUCCUAUGAAUAAAUUGGAUAUUGUGAGCGUACCCUUCGCCGACAAUUCCGGGAAUCCCGGAUUAAUUUCAAUUAUGGAAAAUUUGUUUAAUGUGAGUGAUACAUCGCCUGGAGUGACUAAAUAUGAGACGUUAAAAACAUUAAUUCGACUGAUUGGCAGACAAUGGCUCGGGGGAUCUGUCAAUUCUCAGAAUUGGACUGACGUAUGGAUUUUAGAAAGUUCAUUAAUUGAUCUUCAGCAUUAUUUUGUUAAAAAAAUAGACACUACAUUUAAUCAUACAACAUUUUUAUUAGACGUUCAACUUGAAGCUUUUGAAUCAGACGGCUACAGUGUCUCACAAUCCCUGAAAUCAAAAGUUAAUCCAGAAUAUUUGGAAGCUUUUCACCCGGAAGAAUUAUAUUACCGCGGUGCAUGUCUUUUACAUAUGUUGCAUGGCGUGUUGAAGCAAAAUGACUCUAGAACUGGCUACAGGAAGUUCGUUUCACGGUGGUCGAAUGGAAAUGGUGACGUCAAUUCAUUUCUUGAAGCUAUGACCAACAAUGAUGAUGAUAAUGAUAAUCCAGACAGUGUCUCUCUUAUAAAUGUAAUGGAGUCCUGGAUCAAUAGUCAUGGAUAUCCAGUUGUGUUUAUCAAUCGUGAUUAUAAAACAGCAACUGCUAAAAUUACUCAAAGUCGCUUUAGAUUUGACAAUCGAACAUUGGAUGACCAAAAACCUUGGCACAUACCGCUUACUUGGGCGACAAUUGACAAAAAAAAUUGGACGUCUCCAUCAUUAAUUUGGAUAAAUCCCGAUAAUAAAGAAACUGUAUUAGACAAUGUAGGACACCCUGAAUCAGAUGUUGAAGACAGAGAAAACUGGGUAAUCUUUAACGUAAACUCUUUAGGUUACUUUCGAGUUAACUACGACGAUAAGAAUUGGGAAUUGAUAGCAAAAGCUUUAGAGGAUAAUCCAGCUAUUUUUCCUUCCGCGGUAAAAGCUUCUUUGGUAGACGAUGUUUUAAGUUUAGCUUUUGUGGGAUCAACCGUACCUUCGUAUCUGCGUGAGACACUUCUCUGUACUUUUGCUAAGCUCGAGGAUCAACUUGGAUGGGAAUGGUGGCUGGAUAAAUUAGGAAACAUCACAAAACGUGAUACUGACAGAAAUUCAUUCUUGUCCUCUUUGGCUUGCUUCCAAGUACCCUGGAUGUUACAAGCAGUUUUGAAUGAAAUAGUUAAAGGAGAAAUAGUUGAUGAACAGGACGCUUUGAUUAUUCUUAAGGCUUUUGAUGAUCAUCCAGUGUCUGCGCAAGUGGCUUUUAAAUUUGUUCAAAAUAAUUGGCUGGAAAUAAUGAAGAAAUAUAAAAAGUCUUAUCCUAUUUUGCGAGCUUUUGUUGGAUCUGUAGGAAGUGGAUUUACUAAUAACAAGGAUCUUAUUGAUUUUCAAAAUUUCCGAAAUGAAAAUUACGAAAGCUUGAAACCAGUUGGCUAUAUCACUGCGUUCGUAGAAGCUAGAGGUACAUCCUGGAUAUCAUUUUUAAAUAAUUCACUUUCAGAUUUUGAAGAAACGAUCGGCAGAUUUAAAGAUUGA